AUGUCUGAUGAAGAAGCAUUAUUGAAUUUGUUCACUAGAAUGGAUACAAGUGGUGAUGGUAUACUUUCAAUAGAAGAAUUAAAAAAAGGAUUACGAUCAUCAGGAGCUACAGAGAAUGUAGUAAACAAAAUUAUAGAAAAGCUUGAUUCAAAUUCUGACAAUAGUGUUACAUAUCAAGAAUAUAUAAAAGCUAUACGUCAUGGAGUUAACUAA